AUGGAAUUAAUCGACAUUGUAAGUCAGCGCCCUUUACUCGUACCAGACAACGCAAAGAGGCCGAACUGGAAGGAAGUUUUUAAGAUCAUUGAGAAGGACGACGCCACAAAGCUUCGGCAGCUGCUUUGUGACGCUGGAGCUGGUGCGCACCACGAGAUGCUGGAGCUGGUGGCGCGGCCCCAAGAGUCAAAGGACCACAAGACGGCGCUCCAUGCGGCUGUUGAGAUACCCGCCCCGGAGUGCCUGAAGGUCUUGCUCGAAUCACACCCCAGCCUGGACGUCCUAGACUCGCCAGACAACAAGGGUAACACGCCUCUAAAUGCAGCGGUGAAGAGUCUUAAUUGUGAUGCCAUCACUAAACUUAUUAAGGCAGGAGCUACUGUAAACGUACGAAAUGAUUAUGGAAAUUCCCCUCUCCACCUGCUGGUUUAUGCGGCGGCCAGGGGAGGGGAAUUGAGCAGUCGGAGGCCACUACUGCGAGUGGAGGGGAAUCGGGCAGUGCGGAGGUCACUGCUGCGAGCGGAGGGGAAUCAGGCAGUGCAGGGGCCACUAGCUGCUGCUCCAUUUAUCGAGAACUUCGAUAAAUGCGUCGAUGCUUUGCUUGAGUGUCCAAGUUUGGACAUGGACGCUUUGAAUUACAAUAAGUUCACUCCCUUGCGAGCCGCAGCAGAGAAAAUGUCCAGUAAGACGGGUUCUUUGAAAACAUUUUGCCAGAAAUUGGUGCAGAAAGGAGCAAGUAUCGACGAGCACACACGACAAAUUUUAGUUGAGCAUAACGUUCCGAUCAGUCAGGAUGAGGCCACAACUUUGCCACUGUCUCAAACCGCGACUGCAAAACUUCUCAACCUACUUGUAGGCGACCAAUCUGAAGGAAUUGCUGACAUGUUUAGCGGGGUGAGUGCCACCCAGGAAGUUCGUGCGGCGGCCAACUGCUACCUCGGGUCGAAGAAAGUCUUACACUACCUUGUUGACCGCUGCAGCGAGACGGGGGUGAGGGCGCUCCUUCUGGCCGGAGCCGACCCUUGGUCCACCAGCAGGAAGGGGGAGCUUGCCCUGCACAGUGCACUGGCUCAUGGAGACUUGGCUAUCGCGAACCUCCUCAUAAAUGAGAUGAAAACAAAGAAGAAUAGUAACCGCAUUGACUUGCGGCACAAAAGUUUUUCUCUACUGCAAAAAGCGCUGGAAAAUAACAUAGAUAUUGAUAAAACAGCAACAAAAUGCUAUAAUUCGAAUAAAUAUGAAUGCCUGAACCGCUUGUUUGAAGACGACGUUUUAAUAGAUGUUAAUCAAAAGGAUGAAAGGCCCGACAUCAACCAAACGGCUCUCCACAUUGCCGGUGCAAUGAACAACCAAGACGCCAUGACGAUUCUUCUCGAACAUGGAGCGUAUCUCGGCGAGCGUCGAAUGAUCGGCAAGCAAAAUAUGGGAACGGUUCUCAAUGCUUUAAUGGCCAAGACACUCGAGAAAACCAUGGAUAAUUGCAUCAAGGUUCAGUCCCAAGCCGUUGAGCAAAAUGGUACCUUGGAUCCCGAGAGGAAAAAGAGGAUUAUUGAAGAAGAUACCUUGAAUUGCAAUUACACUCUUGAGCUGAACUGCCAGUUCCUGAUGAGCCCCACCCCCAGCGAGCCCACUAAAGUUCAGCAGCUCGAGAACGAAGUAUCGCUACUAUACGACGUCAGUCAAAGCCAAGAACACCGCAACUCCAUCAAACAUCCACUUAUACAAACUUUCCUUUACGCCAAGUGGAGGAAGGUAUUUCCACUUUACAUUCUGAAUUUAUUUCUCUAUAUGAUGUUUGUAACCCCCAGCGAGCCCACUAAAGUUCAACAGCUCGAGAACGAAGUUUCACUGCUAUACAAAGUCAGUCAAAGCCACGAACAUCGCAACUGCAUCAAACAUCCACUCAUACAAACUCUCAUUUACGCCAAAUGGGAGAAGACGCGUGUCUACGUCGCGAUGCUGCGCCUCGUGUCUUGGAACUUCCUGAAGCUCAUUUUGAUCUUCAUGCUCCCCAUCGUCGCGUUCAGUUUCGGCUUUUUCGUCACCCUGCAGCCUGACGAUGAUGCACAGAACAAGGGCCACCUGGACUUCUGGCCGACGUUUGUGCGCACCAUCGUCAUGUCAACGGGCGAGUUCGAGUUUUCGUCCAUCAGCGAGCAGCUGACGAAGGAUGGCACUUUCCAAAACACAUCAUCUGUCAUAAUGUUCCUAUUAUUUAUUUUCCUCGUCUACCUCGUCCUAAUGAACGUCAUGACGGGCUUUGCCGUCAAUGAUGUUAAGGAAAUCAAGGAAGACGCGGAGUUCUACAGCCUCAAGUCGAAAAUCGAGUUCGUGUACCUCAACGAGCAGCUGUUCAUCAAGGUGCCCUUCCUGCAGCGCUUCCUGCCGCGCCUGCAGCUAUUCGGCAACAACCAGCAGCUGCUCGUCAAGAUCAACAAGUUGCGCAAUAUCAAAAGGAUUAUUCACGUCAGCGGCCAGAAGCAGUUCACGUACUACCCGGGCAACCGCAUGGCUGAAGUAAUCAG